AUGACCGCGCCCUCUACAGCUCCCGAAUUAACGCCACAGUUCUGUUUCACGACUGUUGCUCUUAGAGAUUUUCUACGUAUAUCCCGGGGCGCCGUUGACGACUCAAUAAACCAGAACCUCAAUGCUCUCGUGACGCCUGCCAAGUCGGGCUUCGACCCGGCUUCCACUUCUGUCCAGGGCGGUCGAGGGUACGUAAGAAAGAUUGAUCCUCGUUCUUGCCAGACUUUCAAAGACCAAGUUCUGUUUCCCUCUUGGCAGGCGAGGUCCGAUGUCUUGACUUACUGUGCAUACGUGGCUACGAGUCCUGACCCCGAUGACCCGGAAUUGUCCCAGCGAGCUUCUGAGACGGCGGAAAGCCGGGAGCGAGUUGUCGACGAGCGGUUAGACCCUUAUUCCGGCCGGUAUUUCCCGAGGGAAGCUCGGACCGAGAAGCUGGCAUUGCUCUUAAGGCAAGAAAGAAGUGUCGAGAAGAUUGUGAGAGCACGAACAUGGGGCCUCGUUCAAGAAAGGUGCGGGAACGAAACUUUUCAAGAUGCCGAAGCAGCUUUGAAUGAGUGGCGGCAGGGCAAAGGCCAACCCAGGUCAUGACAUUCUCACCGAGUCCGGUUCGGAUGCAAUGGCCCUUUCACUAACUCACUUGAUGACCAGAGUGUAAGGCAUAGCCUGGCGAAUCAAACCAGUUAGUUGUACACCAUUAGUAUUACAUAUACCCAAAGUCCCAUCUCCGCCAUAGGCUGUUGUGUAUUAUAUAUUCAGUGUAUAGUAUAGAGCUUAAUAAAGCGCCCCUUCGUGUAUUGAUACCCGCAUUUCAAAAUUGUUGAGCGUAAGGAUCCUCUUGAAUCCAUGAUGAAGGCGUUUGAUCAUUUCUAUUGUGUGCGUCUACGUCAUUACCAGAAAUACAUACGUCUAAAUACACCGUCGAAGAUCAUUCAGCCGCGCGGUACUAUUAAAUACUCGGAUUAUCCAGGCAUUUCUAUCUACUUACCUAGGUUGCCUAGGUAGACACAGGCAGGCGAGACGAAGCAUUGCCUUGACUUUCGAAU